AUGAACGGAUACGUCACCGUCCCAAAGCCGUCGGGAGAUCGCUUGAGGGGGCUGCAGAGCCAGGAGGAAAGACGGCUGUUCGACCUCGUUGACAAGCUCAAGGAUCUGGAUGUGCAGAGGGAACUCCAGCUGCCUCAGCUCGUGGUGUGUGGCAGCCAGUCGUCGGGAAAGAGCUCGUUGCUCGAGGCGAUCAGCGGCCUUUCGUUCCCCAGAGGAGAAUUUACAUGCACCAAAUUCGUCACCGAACUCAGAUUCCGGCCCGGGAAUGUGGAAUCAAUCGACAUUCAAAUAGUCCCCGAUGCGGCCAGAAAUCCUGACGAUCAGGCCAAGCUCCGAAAUGUCCGGUUCAAGCCCAGACGACUGACGGAGCUGGGCAAGCUCGUCAAGGAAGCAGAGUCCGUGCUGUUGGGCGGCCGUGGAGGAUUCUCGGCCGAUGUCCUGAAAGUAGAGGUGGUGAGACCGGACCAGCAACCGCUGACUCUGAUCGACACGCCGGGCCUGAUUGCGUCCCACAACGAAGGGCGAGAAUAUAUCGACCUCGUCAAGCGGAUCGUGGAUGACUGGAUCAAGCAGCCGAGGACACUGAUUCUAGCCGUGGUGGAAGCGAAUCUCGACCCGCAGAAGCAGUCGGUCCUCACGAUCGCAAAGGAAGUCGAUCCGACAGGGGAGCGCACCUUUGGCAUCAUCACGAAACCGGAUCUCGUCGAGUCGCCGUCUGGGCUCGAGGACUUUUGGAUCCGAAAAGCCCAGAAUCUGCCGGACAGGCUUGCAGAGUUCAACUUCGCCAAGGGAUGGCACGUCCUUCGGAACCGCGGAGUACGGGAGACAGGCAACGACACGUCGAUGACUGAACGGGACGAGGCCGAACACCAGUUCUUCACCGACCCGGCGCGACAAUGGCAGCAGGUCAACCCGGCGCAUUGGGGCAUCCACUCGCUGCAGGGCCGCCUACGAAGCAUCUACUACGAGCACGCGCGGCGUCAACUUCCUAUCAUCGAAGACGACAUCAACAGCCGACUCCAGAAAGCGAUCAAAGAGCGGGACGACCUCAGCGAGAAACUUGCCGACGCGGACCAGAUCUGGUCCAAGUUCUGCGAUAGACGGACCGACCUCGCCGUCGAGGCCAAAAGCUGUGUCGACGGCACGUAUGACGGCUCGGCCGACUGGGACGGGUCGCCCGAAUAUUAUCUGCGGUCUCGCAUCGAGGAGGACCACGAGGAGUUUGCGCGUGACGUGGAGACGAACGGUCACGGUCUGCGAUCGGCAAGUGGCACCCGCAGCCUCACGGACGAGAGGGACGGGUUUCGGCUGUAUGUCGAGGAGAUGCUCGAAUCGACGCGCGGCCGCGAGCUCAAGGGCAGCUACGACCCCAAGCGCAUGAACCUGCUGUUCCAGAAGCACUCGGCGCCGUGGAACGAGAUCGCCAAGAAGCACCUGGAACGCGCGCACAAGCAGUGCGGCACCUUUGUCGACCACAUCAUCGACCACGUCCUGCAGGAUCAGCUGCCCGGCCUGCCGAAGCGGGUCACCCAGGCGAUCAAGGAACACCUGAAGAGAGCGCUCGAGGCACAGAAGAGGAAAGCCGAGGACGAGCUGCGCGCCAUCGAGGACGAUCGCCGCCAACCCGCGCAGACGCAGAGUAAGCGGGUCGAACAGCGCGCUCGCCAGAUGAGGGCCAACAAGAUGUUUGCCAUGAUCAACCGCGUCACGGAGGAGGAGUCUGCGUAUCUGGAGCAGGCGAAUGCGAAUGCGCAGGCACAAGGGAGAGAUGGGCGAGAACGAGAUUCCGUGCCCAUGACCCCCGUCACACCUGGACAGCCUGGACAGCCUGGACGCUCCAGUGUCAAUGCCACUGCGAAUCCCAUACGAUACACGCCCGCACACGUGGACCGGGUUCUCGCGCAGGACAGCCGCGCCGAGUCAGCCGAGGAGAUGGGCAGGCGGAUGAUCAUCUACUACGAGGUCGCCCGCGAUGUCUUCAUCGACAAUGUCGUCAUCCAGGUCAUUGAGAGGCAUCUCCUCCGGCCUCUACACAAAUUGUUUCACGGUGAUUUUGACGUCGACAAGGAUUUCUUUGCCAGAGCGGUCGACGCGGAGAGGGACCAGAAUUUGACGGUCAGAAAAACGGCCGUGAAUGAAAGAAUUACGCGGUUGAUGGGGUUUCAGGACGAAUUGAGGGCGGUGUAG